GGAGCUGACUCUUCUCAUUCAUUCACUAUUUGAAGCUCUCUCUCUCUCUCUCUUUAGAUACAGAAACAACUCCCAUUGCUGUAAAGUCUAAGCUUCCAAACUGGGCUAGAGAGAGAAAGGAGUGGAAAGAUGUCAGAAACAGAGAUUUCAAGUGUUCUAAGAGAACCCCGAGCUGUGGUCAGAAAAAUGCAGUGUUUACCUCAACGCGAAGCACCUGGAAUCUUUGUUCGCCGAAGCAUUGGACGGUUUGAGUUCAAGUACUUCGAUCCUUUCCUGUUAUUAGACGAAUUCUCAAUUACAGCUCCGGCCGGAUUUCCUGACCAUCCACACAGAGGUUUUGAGACAGUCACCUACAUGUUACAGGGAGGUCUUAAACAUGAAGAUUUCACAGGAUACAAGGGUACCAUAAGAGAAGGUGAUUUGCAGUGGAUGACAGCUGGUAGAGGAAUUGUACAUUCAGAAAUGCCUAAUGGUCAAGGAACUCAAAAGGGUCUGCAGUUGUGGAUCAAUCUCUCUUCCAAGCACAAAAUGACUGAGCCAAAAUGUCAAGAACUAAGAAGUAAGGAUGUUGCAGAAGUUGAAGAAGAUGGGAUCAAAGUGAGAGUUAUAGCAGGGGAGGCCUUAGGAGCCAAGUCAGCCAUUUACACAAGGACUCCUACUAUGUACUUGGAUUUCACUCUCAAACCUGGAGCUCAACUCCUGCAACCUAUCCCAUCAAUGUGGAAUUCAUUCAUCUAUGUCUUGGAAGGUGAAGGUGUCUUUGGAAGUAAAGAGUCUUCACCCACAAAAGCACACUAUGUUCUUCUUUUAGGCACAGGUGAUGGUGUUGAAGCAUGGAACCAGUCUACUAAGCCCCUCAGGUUCAUCUUGGUUGGAGGAGAACCAAUAGGGGAACCUGUGGUGCAGUAUGGACCUUUUGUCAUGAACACUCAAGAAGAGAUUGAUCAGACCAUUGAUGAUAUUGAUUGUUGCAGAAAUGGGUUUGAGAUGGCCAAGCAUUAGAUAUCAGAAGCCAUGAUUGGGAUUGAUUUUUAGCUAAUUUUAGAUUUGUUUUUUGUUGGUGAUAUAAGAAGGAAAACAAGAUGAUGGACAGUGGAGUGGUGUUACUGUUCUCUAUUUUUCAUCUGAAACAUAGAAAAGGAAAGCAGAUAUCAACACAGUAAACUAGAAAAGAAAGCAGGAAAGCCAUGGCCUUUGAAUGUCUACUUGCUCCUCAAAAUUUGGAGAUGCAUU